AUGAACUCUGCCCUGCAACAAACAGGACUGAUGUUUUUGAGAAGCGCUAUUGAGAAGAUUCUUUCCGAUCGUGAUAUAAAGAGGAAGGAGAACUUACAACUUAAGAAAGCAUGUGAAAAUGUCUUGGAGGAGCUAAAGGGAGAGGCCUCCUAUGCUGGUGAGAAUAAUAAUGGUGUGGUUCUGCCGGAUAGAGAGCGGAUAGUAGAGGCGGAUCGCUAUUUCUUACCUUUUGAACUUGCCUGCAGAUCGAGAAGCCCAAAAAUCGUCAUUACUGCUUUAGAUUGCCUUCAAAAGUUAAUUGCAUACGGUCAUUUGACUGGUCGUGGAGCAGACUCUUCAAAUCCUGAUCGUAAACUUAUUGAUCGUAUCGUAGAAGCUAUUUGUUCAUCAUUUGUGGGUCAGGGAACUGAUGAAGCUGUGUUACUACAAAUAAUUAAGGCUUUACUUGCUGUUGUGCUCACUAAUAACUGUGAAGUUCACGAAGGCUCACUUCUUCUUGCUGUUCGAACAUGUUUCACUAUAUUUCUCGCCACUAAAAGUCCUAUAAAUCAAUCAACGGCAAAGGGAACUCUUACUCAGGUGAUUAAUGCUGUUUUUGCGAACAUGGAACGAGUAGGAAAUACAAAGGAUGAUUCCGUCAUUGUUCAUGAAGUUGUGGAACACCUUGUCUCAACAACUGCUAGCAUGACACUUGAAGUGAACGAUGACGUUGAAAGCCGUAGUGGUCGCGGUGGAGCUGGAGCAUCGACCAUCUGGGGUGAGACAGAUGGAGCACAUGCUGAAGAUCAGAUCACCUUCCCAAAUGUGGAACAAAAGGACGCUUUCCUCGUCUUUAGAGCACUAUGUGUUCUUGCACAGAAGGAAGAGGGUGAUGUGAACGAUCCACGAAACACGCAUUUGAAUUCGAAGAUGUUGGCUCUGGAGAUGCUGCUGUUGGUAUUACAGAAUUCCUCAACAACUCUACAAAAUGCUCAGCCAUUUAUUUUGCUUAUCAAAAAGUCCUUAUGUGUUGCUCUUUCUCGAAACGCAGUCUCAUCGAAUGUGAAGGUUUUUGAGAAGUCUCUGGCUAUCUUUGUGCAAUUAUUGGACAAAUUUAAGAUACAUUUGAAGUUACAGAUCGAGGUGUUCUUCAAGGAAAUAAUUAUUUCCAUGCUUGAGUCGUCUUCGUGCUCAUUCGAACACAAGUGGAUUGUCCUUCAUACAAUUGGGAAAAUUCUUGCCAAUCCGCAAUCUGUGGUGGAUUUGUAUGUAAACUACGAUUGUGAUUUAACUGCGCACAAUGUGUUUGAAAAUCUAGUUGACGUAGUUUCCAAAACUGCAAGAACAUCAAUCAACGAAACUGCUCCCAUAGUUCAAAAGGAACGGGAACGGGCCAUGCGAUUGCUCGGGUUGAGCUGCCUGACCGAUCUCCUUCAGUGCCUUGUGGACUGGUUUGACGUUUGUGAAACAACCAAAGAUGCAAUGUAUCAGGGACGACAAGAUGACGAUGAAGCUACCGCUGAGCUGCCUUCUUCACCUACUGUACAUAAAUUUAUUCAUCUUAAACAGAAGAAAGAGCUUAUGGAACACGGGAUAAUGCUAUUUUCACGGAAACCUAAGCAGGGAAUAGCUUUUCUGCAAGAACACGGGUUUGUUGGCACCGAACCAAAUGAAAUUGCUGAAUUUCUGAUGAAGGAAGAUCGUCUCGACAAAACUGUUGUGGGAGAUUUCCUUGGUGAUCCAGACGAGUUCAACAAGCAAAUUAUGUACGCAUACGUGGAUGACAUGGAUUUUUCGGGUCGUGACUUUGUUUCGGCGUUGCGGUUGUUUUUGGAAAAGUUCCGAUUACCAGGGGAAGCCCAGAAAAUUGAUCGACUCAUGGAGAAGUUCGCAUCAAGAUACUGUGAAUGCAAUCCAAGUCUGGGUCUCUUUGCAUCCGCCGACACAGCAUACGUCCUUGCUUAUUCUAUAAUCAUGCUAACUACAGAUCUUCACAGUGCACAGGUAAAAAGCAAAAUGACCAAGGAUCAGUACGUAAACAUGAACCGUGGCAUUAAUAACGGUGCUGAUUUACCACCAGACGUACUUUGUGCCAUUUACGAUGACAUUGCCACCAAUGAGAUAAAGAUGAAGGCUGGCGCAAGCAAACUUCUUAAAUCUACUAAAGCCAAUGUGGGAGAAAAUGACAAACAACGACGAGCGUUGGCGACACUAGAGUUGGCAGCUAUGUCGGAAACAGCCCGGGCUCUCAUGGAAAGUGCCAGCAAUGCUGCAGCCGAUUUCACAUCUGCUCAACAUCAACAUCACGUUCGACCCAUGUUCAAGAUAUGUUGGACACCAUGUCUGGCUGCAUUUAGUGUGGGUUUACAAGCUUCUGAUGACAUAGAAGAGUGGUACCUUUGUAUACGAGGUUUUCGACUGGGAGUUCGUGCUGCUUGUGUCCUGAGAUCAAGGCUGGAGCGAAAUGCUUUCAUUCAGGCAUUAGCAAGAUUUACACUGCUCACUGCUAAAAAUGCUUUGGGAGAAAUGAAGGAGAAGAACAUCGAAGCCAUCAAACUUUUAUUAGCCAUAGGAGAUGAAGAUGGAGAUUAUCUGGAGGACAACUGGCUCGAUGUUAUCAGGUGCGUGAGUCAGUUGGAACUUGCUCAAUUGAUCGGAACGGGUCUACCAGCUGGAGCUAAAGAAGACAAGGAAAGCAGUCGACAAUAUGUGAUGAAAAGCACGGGAGCUUUGGAUGAACGAACGUUAGCCACUCUUCAGGGUGCUCUCGGUGAAACCAGUUCGCAGGCUGUAGUUGUCGCAGUUGAUAGGAUUUUCCAUGGUUCUUGCCGACUGACGGGAGACGCUAUUGUGUGCUUUGUUCGCGCUCUUUGUGCUGUAUCGAAAGAAGAGCUGAAUCAGCCUGCUGCACCACGCAUGUUUCUGUUAGGAAAAUUGGUCGAGGUUGCUUUCUAUAAUAUGGGACGUAUUCGACUGGAAUGGAGACGUAUAUGGGAGGUAGUUGGCGAACAUUUCAACAUGGCUGGUUGCAAUGCAAGUGAGAUUGUUGCACACUACUCGGUUGAUGCUCUCCGACAGUUGGCGAUAAAGUUUCUAGAGAAAGGAGAGUUGCCGAAUUUCCGAUUCCAGAAGGAUUUUCUUCGGCCCUUUGAGGUUAUAAUGGCAAGAAAUCGUUCCGCUCAAACACGAGAACUGGUCGUUGCCUGUUGUUCUAAUCUGGUUGAAGCUCACGCACCAAGGAUAAAGUCUGGAUGGCAGAACUUGUUCUCAGUGUGGACACUUGCUGCAGGUGAUGUGCAGAAAGAUAUAGUUGAAGCAGCGUUCUUGGCCAGCUCUAGAGUAGUGUUGUACCAGUUCAAAGAGGACUUCGCUUCUGUUUUGGAUGCUUUCCAGGAGGCGCUCAAAUGUUUGGCUGAAUUUGCAUGCAAUACAAAUCAUCCUGAUAUGAACAUGGAGGCUAUACGACUAAUUCGUUCUUGCGGAGAGUACGUUUCGAUUAAUCAGGAACGCAUUGUUGAAGCGCCUUGGGAAGAAUCAUGGAGUGUGUCAGGUGACCAACGAAUAUGGCUUCGUGGAUGGUUCCCAAUUUUCUUCGAACUAAGCUGCAUCAUCAAUCGGUGUAAACUGGACGUUCGCACUCGAAGUCUAACUGUUAUGUUUGAAAUUAUGAAGAACCAUGGGAAUGAAUUCCGUUCCGAAUGGUGGAGAGAUCUUUUCAACAUAGUUUUUCGGAUAUUCGAUCACGCUAAGCUGGAUGAACAUCGUGGAGAUAAGAAAGAGUGGAUGAUGACAACAUGUAACCAUGCUAUGUAUGCUAUCGUCGAUGUCUUUACACAGUACUUUCCACAGCUAAGCGAACUCGUCCUCCCCUCUAUUUAUGAGCAAUUUACAGUCUGUAUCCAGCAGAAGAACGAACAGCUGGCGCGUUCGACAGUGAACUGUUUGGAGACAUUAAUAUUAUUAAACGGGGAGCGAUUUACCGAUGACAUGUGGCAAAGAACCGUUAAACUUUUCCGACGUCUUUUUGCCGCCACGUUACCUAAAUCGCUUUUAACAUGGGAACCAGAUCGUCUCAGCGCUGCAACUCAUACUGGUGUCCCCGGCGAAGAGUUUGAUGAUCGAGUACCCAGCAUUGAUGGCCGACCAAAUGGAUCCAUUCAUCCUGAUGCUGCAUUUUCUGAGCAGAUUGUUUUCUGUGUAGUACAAUCAGAGUUAGUGGAUGCAGUCACUUCGAUUGUUCUUGGGGCAAAGAAGAGUUCUGAUGAAAUUAUACUGAGCAUACCCGCCACGAAAAGUGAGAACGCGAAUGGACCUGAUCUUGGCAAUGCAGUCGGCAGGGGUCUGUUCAAUACCAUGGAUCCUACACUUUUGCUGAGUCUCUGCGAUGCUCUUGGAGAAAGUCAGCGAUUGGCGAAACAAUUUAAUGACAAUAAUGGCCAGAGGACCUUGUUGUGGAAGGCGGGGCUGCGUGGUGCGAGUAAGCCGAAUCUGAUAAGGCAAGAAACACAUGCUCUGCGUGCCAUGCUUGCUAUUCUUCUGCGUCUUCUGAACGAUCCCCGAUCUAAACCUGUACAAGAUCAAGUUGCCAAAGGAGUGCUCAACGUUGUUUCCGCUGUGUUACGUGGAUACGGUGAGGCAGCAUCUGAUGCUCGCCGUACCGCAUACGCCCCAGUCGUGUGCGAGUUGUUACAAGAAUGUCUACGUCUACCAGCUCAUUUGCUUCCUGCGUUGGGCUCCGAAUUCCCUCUUCAUCUGUGCGAACUUGUAGAAACCGCAGAAGGACAACCUCUACGUUCCUUGUUGGCCACACUUCUUCGACAAUUUUUACAAACUAAAAAUUGUGGUUCCACGAACAGUGUUUCCAAAACUGAGGCAAUUCUUGGGUUCCACAUUGUCGUCUCGCUCAUUGCUCUUACCAUCAUGAGCAAACUUGGUACACGACUGUCAGUUAUUCAGAUGUUUAUUGUGAAAGGGUUGUUUCGCUUUAUUGCUCCUUCUAAUGAUGACAUUCGUGCACUAAUGCCACCAUCCAAAGACAAUCCUCGAGCAAGAAAGAAAAAACGAGAGGAAGAAGAAACUGAUGGAUUUAACGUUCCAAAAUCCCUUCCUCUUCGCCUAAGGGUGGGCAAGGUUGAAGAAGAGGAAUUGAGAAACCUUCCGAUGUACUCAUCCGUGCAUUGGCUAUCACUUUUCGUACCGCUCUGCCUCGUUGUUUAUACGUUAAGCGAAAUUUUCGUUUAUAUGUUUCCAAACAACAACGAUACGAAUGUGGCCAUUCUAUGGUUGCUCAUUGCGGUUGCCUUUGUGUUGCAGGUACUUGCACGACUCACGUCAUGGCUAGUUGUAAAUGAGGAUGAACGAAGCGUGCUUCUGGUAUUUGCUGCAAUUUUUUUCCUUAUUUCGGUCAUCUUUGCUACACAAGCUGACAACUUUUUCGACAUUCGAUUACUGAGCGGUUAUGAUCACUUUUGUGAUAAUAUCGCAAGGUUGAUGUCCGAGACUGGUAUAACCGAUAGCUAUACGCGAUACAGAGACCCUGUACUUUUAUAUGUGUCUAUGUCUGUCCUCUUCUCGUUUAUUGCUGCAAUGUUAGUGUUUCCAAACUUCCGAUACGCCAAUAUGUACACGAAUGCCCAGCAAAGUUCUUCACGAGUGAAAAAAUUCGCUAUGCACGUAGGAUUUCUGUUACCGCUUCUCACACUGGCGUCUUUUACUAGUCCUAUAAAGAAACAGCUUGUAUAUGGACCAAGAAAACUACUUACGGAGCCUCAACUCGAAAUUCUACGAGUUUAUUUGCCAAUUUUGUCGUUGGUAUUUCGUGUAGCGCUCAAGGCUCCACAUCUUCAGGCUCAUCUGAAUCUAUCUGCUGCAAAAUUAAAAGCGUUGCAACGCGAAACCGGAUAUAUUAGAAAUGUCGCACUACAAGCAACAAUAUUUCGAUACUACUCAUAUUUUUGUGCAGUUAUACUACAGUACUUUGCGCCAGUUCUUCUCUCGUUUUUCUUUGCAUUGUUGUUGAAGACAACAGGUGAUCUCUCUUGGUUGGGGCUCUCGCCCAGCACCGAUUUACCGCCACCUGCCAUGGGAGAAUGUCUGAUGUUUGGACUUGAUCUGGAGUCUCGAUAUUUGUCAAAUGUACCAGCCGAAGAGGAUAUCGUGCAAAUGCUUAUAGGAACACACAACAUAAAAAUGGAUAAUCAAAUAUGUCGUCUUUCUCUGGAUGGCGACUACUCGCGCAUUUCAUCGCUGUCAUUUCCUCAUCCAGCCGGCGAAGUGCGAGGACUAGCAGCUUCACCGUCGAACGCAGACAUUGUAGCGUCGGCGGCAGCCGAUUUUCGUGGUUCACCGGCGAAAUUUGGUAUUCACCUAUGGGAAAUGGAUACCGAUAAAGGAGUAUUGAAAGAAACUGCUUCAGCUCCCGUGGAAGAGUGCCCUUUGAGCCUGGAAUGGGACCAACAAAGUGAUCAGGCAUCGUCUCUGUUCCAAUCAUCUGUGCGAAUUUUUGAUUGUGAUUCUAAUUUAAAGGUGAACUCUAAACGAACACUGAACGGCAAUGCACACGCUCAGGCAUGGAACCCUCAUAGUGGUGGAAAUUUGUUAGGAUUGGCUGUAGAUAAGGACAUUAUGUGCCAUGAUCUACGCACCUCAGAAGAAUCUGUCCGCAUCCAGGACGCGCAUGCACAUCGUGCUCUUCAUUUGGACUUCAAUCCCAAUCUACAACAUGUUGUGGCCUCAUGCGGAGACGAUGGCGCGGUGCGAUUGUGGGACUGGCGUAAACCAAAUGUAUCGUUAGUAACGGUCACACCACAUGCUCAUUGGGCUUGGCAAGUUCGAUUUCAUCCAGUUCAUGACCAGCUGAUUUUAUCCGCUGGUAGUGAUGCGACCGUUGUCCUGUCAUGUGUUCUCUCUGCAAGUAGCGAAAUGGGGGAUCUAGGUCUAGACGGGACCUCAGAGGAGGAGGGAAGUGAGAAACUGGAAGAUGGACAAUUGGAGAAGAUAGAGGAACAUGAAGAAUCAGUUUAUUCUUGUGUAUGGGCUGCUGCGGAUCCGUGGACAUUUGCAUCGCUUUCCUACGAUGGACGGGUGGUUGUUUCAAGAGUCAGCAGAAAACACAAAUAUGCACUAAUGAAAUUAUAA